AUGUCCACAAUCAAGGAGCGAUAUGAGAGUUCACCAGGGCCUUUUGUUUCUUUGGAAUUUUUCCCUCCCAAAACACAGUCAGGGAAACAAAACUUGAUGGCACGAAUGGGUCGAAUGACAGCUCUCAACCCACUAUUUCUGACUGUUACAUGGGGCGCGGGGGGCACCACGGCUAAAAAAACAUUGGAGCUUGCGGCGCUGGCUCAAAGAGAGCUAAACAUACCGGUGUGUAUGCAUCUGACUUGCACCAACACCAGUAGAGAGGUCAUCGACAACGCUUUGAAAGAGGCUCACAAAGCUGAUAUUCGUAAUAUUUUAGCACUCAGAGGCGAUCCACCUGUGGGUGAGGAUUGGGACCAAGGGUCUGCUCCAUCUGAUUUCAAAUAUGCGGUCGACCUCGUCCGGUACAUCAAAAAAGAAUAUAAGGACGAUUUUUGCAUUGGUGUGGCAGCUUAUCCUGAAGGCCAUUGUGAAGGUGAAGCCGAUGUGAUGGAUCAUAGUUCGUUGAGAGACUUGCCAUUUUUGAAAGAAAAAGUGGACGCCGGUGCAGAUUUCGUCAUCACACAGCUGUUUUACGAUGUCGAGAAGUUUCUAAGUUUUGAGAAAUUGUUCCGUGAGCAGGUUUCCAGUACUUUGCCCCUUUUCCCAGGUCUAAUGCCAAUCAACUCCUACCAACUGUUCAAUAGGGCAUCGAAAUUAUCGCAUGCUUCAAUUCCCGCUUCUAUCCUCAACCGUUUCCCUUCCGAAUACCACGCUGAUGAUAACAAAAUCCGUGCCAUUGGUGUGGAUGUUCUGUCUGAAAUUGUGGAAACUAUAUAUGAAAGGACUGAGGGAAGAGUGAAGGGGUUCCAUUUCUAUACGCUGAAUUUGGAAAAAGCUGUUGCACAGAUUGUAACGAAUGCGCCAUGCCUUGCAAAAAUGUUCGAAGAAGAAAAAGAUGACGAUUUGGUCGAUGGAAUAGAGGAAAUAGCUUUGGAAGAUUCGGAUACCAGUGACAGCUCAAAUAUGAAGAAGAGAAGGCGCCAGUCAUCUUCACAUAAUCCUGAUAGGACCUCAAAUCGAGUUCUUAUUGACGACGAGGAUAGAAAUAUUGUAAAGGGAAGGGAACCGUCCGGAGCACCCUCUAGGAAAGUCGUUUUGUCAAUAUCUAAAGGUUCGGGUAGUCUUGGUAAAGAUGCCACAUGGGAUGAGUUCACCAAUGGUCGGUUUGGUGAUUCUCGUUCGCCAGCGUUUGGUGAAAUUGAUGGAUACGGCCCCUCAUUGAAAGUGAGCAACCAAAAAGCUUAUAAAGUGUGGGGACAACCACAAUGCGUCAAAGAUAUACAAACCUUGUUCAAAAGGUAUUUGGAGGGAGCUCUAGAGGCAUUACCAUGGUCAGAUCUUGGACUCUCACCUGAAACUGCAUUGAUCCAAGAAGAGUUAAUUCAGCUCAAUGAACGCGGAUAUCUUACAUUAGCAUCACAGCCGGCGACUAGUUCCACAUCUAGCACGGACAAAAUAUUUGGAUGGGGUCCUCGAGGUGGCUAUAUUUAUCAGAAGUCAUUUGUUGAGAUGUUCGUGCAUAAGGAACAAUGGAACAAUGUAUUGAAACCCAAACUUGAGCCGUUGUCGCCAACUGUGAGUUUUUAUGUUGGAGACUCUGGUGAAGCCUUUCACUCGAGCCUUGAAACGGACGGAUCCAGCGUGGUCACUUGGGGUGUAUUCCCAAAUUCAGAGAUUUUGCAAACCACAAUAGUCGAAGAGGAAUCUUUCAAAGCAUGGAGAGACGAAGCCUUUAGUAUAUGGCUAGAGUGGAGCAAGCUUUUCCCCCGUGGUUCUGCCACCAAUUCGCUCCUGAGACAAGUGCACAAGGACUAUUACCUCGUGUCAAUUGUCCAUCACGACUUUAGCCAGUGUGACGCGCUGUGGGACCUGCUAUUGACCUGA